AUGGGUCAGAAACAAUCCAAGUUAUCGCCGCAACAGCUGGAAGAACUCCAGAAGUCGACGCACUUUGACAAGAAAGAACUACAGCAAUGGUACAAGGGCUUCCUGAAAGACUGCCCGUCAGGCACCCUCACAAAAGAAGAAUUCCAGAAGAUAUACCGACAGUUCUUUCCCUUUGGCGAUCCUAAUUCGUUUGCCGACUAUGUCUUCAAGGUGUUCGAUUCGGACAAAAGCGGGACCAUCGACUUCAAGGAGUUCAUUUGUGCUUUGAGCGUCACGAGUCGAGGCAAGAUGGAGGACAAAUUGGAUUGGGCGUUCCAACUGUACGAUAUUGAUGGGGAUGGCAAGAUCAGCUAUGAUGAGAUGUUGGCGAUCGUGGAGGCCAUCUACAAGAUGGUGGGUUCAAUGGUAAAGCUGCCUGAAGAUGAAGACACGCCCGAAAAGCGGGUGAGGAAAAUCUUCAGAAUGAUGGACAAAGACGAGAACGGUAGUCUCGAUAUGGCCGAGUUCAAAGAAGGGAGCAAGAGGGAUGAGACGAUUGUGUCGGCUUUGUCGCUGUACGACGGUCUGGUAUGA